GGAAGAGCCGCUCUGAAAUGUGAGUAUUUCGAGUAAUCGAGUACAAGGAGGAAUGCAAAUCGAAUGAAUAAUGACGAUUCGCGGUUGAAUCGUCGCGUCGUAGGUACGAAAGACGUACGGACGGUGGUACGUGAACCUGCGCUCGUUGAACUUUACGCGCUGACGAGACGAGGUGAGUGCGGCCGAUCGCAUUAUAGUUGUAAAAGGUACACGCCGAUGGGUUGGAAGUUGGAAGACCCGGGCAGGGCAGCUGCGGCCUUCUUCGACCUUCCCCCUUCCACCGCGGUACAGUCACCGUUGGGAAUGGGAAUGGGAAUGAAAAUGGAAUGGUUGUGUACCUCCGCCUCGUGGUCUCCUCGAAGUCGCUCUUAGCCGCUACGCGUAUGCCUCUUCUGCUGAACUCCAAGAGAGAGCCGAGCGACUCCGCUCCUCCACUCGAUCUCGCUGCCUAUAGCCACAUCACAUGCUAGGAUUACAGGCGCAAGGUGGUGAUACCGUAGGGAUCUCCGGGGAGAACGAGGGAGGCAUCAUCUGCCGUCGGAUCCUCGUCCUCGUCCUCGUCCUCCACUCGUGGACAAAGAAAAUCGAAAUUCUCAACUCCGCGCCGCAUGUGCGGCGGCACACGGACGUGGAAACACCUGGUUUCGGGCCAUUUACACGGCGUACGGCAACAACGACACACGUGGAUAUAGUGGCUAGGGAGAAUUCGGCAUCGAUUCAAACUCGAUCGGAGAAGAUCGAGGAAAACUGGAGCAACGUGUCGUGGACGGAAAAAUAAAUGUGGGGCUCCGCGAGUAACGACGUCUUCGAAGUCGAUGGACUAAAAUUUUAAGG